AUGGGCAAAGACGAAACAAAAGAACAAAGAAACAAUACUCUGCGUUCUGCAAACAAUGAAGUUUCUCUCACUGAUAUUGGUAGAAGCUUAUCCGCCAUCAAUGAAACUCUGGCUAAAAUGAAAACUGGUCAAGAAAAACUGAGUGAUGACAUUAAACAAGUCAGAGGUGACAUCAAGAAGAGUAGCGACGAGAUUAAAAUGAUUGCUGAUGGUCUUAAAAAUCUAAAGACGACUAUGCACGAUACAAUUGCUAACGUCAGCCGCAUUGAACGUAAACUUGAAGAUGCCCUUGAGAUUGAUAAACGAAUUAAUAACCUACGUUUAGACGGGUUGUCCUAUCAAGCAGAUGAGAAACUUGAUCAUAUCAUGCAAAAUCUUUUAAGUCGACUCGGUUAUGCAAACUCUGGUCCACGGUUUAAAGCAUAUCGACUAAAAUCUCAAGAUAACUCGCAGGGCUCGGUCAUUAUCAAAUUUGCUACGGCUUUUGACAAAAACAUUGUUUAUGAACGUUAUCUCAAGCUAACCAAAUACAUCACUGUUGGUCUGCUUACGGGUUCAUCUGAUCAAAAACGGUGUUUCCUCUCUCACGAUCUAUCAAGAAAUCAAUAUGCCAUAAAUAAAGCUGCAGUUGCUGCAAAAAAAGAAGGGAGAAUCCACAAAAUCAGAACUGUUAAUGGAUGUGUUUUGGUCAAAAUUUCACCACAAGGAGAAUUCCGAUGUUUCGACACACCCGAGAUGCUUAAAGAAGAAAUCAGCGAAUAG